UAGGUAGGCCCUGUCUCUCCUGGGACCCGUGGGCCUCUCCCUUCAGCGUCCCUGCCCUCAGCCUUCUGCCUCUCACACUCACCUGGCCUCAUCGUUGCUUUUUUUCCCAAUAUUUAUUAUUUGGCUCAGCUGGGUCUUAGUUGCGGCACGAGGGGUCUUCGUUGACUCCUGUGAGGUCUUCUUGCGGCGAGCUGGAUGUUUUUAGCUGCAGCUCGUGGGAGCUUUAGUUGGGGCUUGCAGGAUCUACUUCCCUGCCCAGAAAUCAAACCCUGGCGCCCGGCCUGGGGAGCACAACAUCUUAACGGCUGAGCCAGCGGGGAAGGCCCUCCCGACCUCGUCUUUGAAGGCGCCUGUGUCUGUUCACCCGCCUCCCCACCAGCCAGCGCUUAUGGAAGCCCUGCUAAGUGCCACGCUCCACGCUGAGUGCAGGCACACUGUUAGAUGAGCUGCCCCAGGAGCGCCCGGCACUGUGCGGGAGGCAGGUGUGCAACAGGGGGUGCCAGCUGCUCGGUGGGGCACCAUGGCGAGAGCGUGGGGCAGGGAGUCUAGAACGUGGGAACGAAGGAUCGGGGCUGAGAGCAGAGGAGAAGCAGACCCAGGGCCCUCGGGCAGAGGCACAGGGUGGGGACGGGCACUUCCGGCCGGGGAGCCGGCGUGGGUAACGCUCCGGAGGUGGGGAGGAUGAGAUGUUCAAGAAGUCAGCGUUUGUCGAGUGUCUGUUGGGGUGCCAGGCACCCUGCUAAGAGCUUUGCGGUUUCUCAUUCAAUCCUUAUAAGCACCAAACCGGUGCAGAGGGCUGUCUUGUUCCCUGGACACGAGGGAACAGGCACAGAGUGGGUGAGUGUCUUGCUGGGGAUGCACAGGCGUGGAGGGGACGGAAGAGGCUUCCUCUGGCUGGAGUGAGGCCGGGGGCGAGGGCUCAGGGCCCCGUGAGCACAGGCGUCCACCCCAGGCAGGACGGUGAGGCUCCGCACCCUCCUGAAAUCCGUGCACGUGAGCCUCCCUGUGCCUCGGUUUCCUCAUCUGUAUGUUGGGGCUGAUCGGGCCUGUAUCUCGGGGGGCCUCAGGGGGAUGACCAAGUGGUGCAUGGGAAGAGCCCAGCACAGCUGCUCGCCCUGUGCGGCAGGCCUUCUUCCCGGGGGAGCCCCAGAAAGCAGGUGUUUGGUGCUUGGACAACAUCUCGGUGAACGGCUGCCGCCCUGGCGCCACAGCCUCCUGGCCGCGUGACCUUGCCCGGUCCUUCCCCUCAUCUGUGAAAUGGGCUUAAUCCCGCCACGGCAUGUGCUUGACUGCAAGCUGCGUGGGGAGCCCUGGCCCCGAUCAGGGAGGGAACGCUGGGCCGGGGAGCCCUUCCACACCCGGAGAGGCCUGGAGCUGGGACGGGGCGGGCAGGCUGGCUGGCCAGAACGGUCCCUGGUCACCCUCCCCAUCCCUGGGCCCUCCCCACCCCGCCUGCAAGCCCGGAGCCUUUCCUAAAGUGACCCUCCCACCAGAGGCGUUAUUAAUAGCCACAGCUGGCUCAAAUCACCGGCCAAGAAUGUUCCCCCGGGGCGCGUGGGGGAAGAGGAAGCCGCGGGCCGGGCGGCUGGGCUGGGUGCGGGGCCGGGCCCAGGGGGCCAUGUGGGCUGGGCAGGGGGCCCUCCCCCGUGCCCACCCCACCGCGGCCGGGCGUGGCCCGUCCUCCUCCUCCUCCUCCUCCGUCUCCUGCUCAGGUGACUCGGAGGAGGAGGACAUGGGGCUCCUGGAGGUCAGCGUUUCGGACAUCAAACCCCCAGCCCCGGAGCUGGGCCCCAUGCCAGCCGGCCUGACCCCGCAGCAGGUGGUCCGGAGGCACAUCCUUGGCUCCAUCGUGCAGAGCGAGGGCAGCUACGUGGACUCUCUGAAGCGGGUCCUCCAGGAUUACCGCAACCCCCUGAUGGAGAUGGAGCCCAAGGCGCUGAGCGCGCGCAAGUGCCGCGCGGUGUUCUUCCGCGUCAAGGAGAUCCUGCACUGCCACUCCAUGUUCCAGAUCGCCCUGUCCUCCCGCGUGGCCGAGUGGGACUCCACCGAGAAGAUCGGCGACCUCUUCGUGGCUUCGUUCUCCAAGUCCAUGGUGCUAGACGUGUACAGUGACUACGUGAACAACUUCACCAACGCCAUGUCCAUCAUCAAGAAGGCCUGUCUCACCAAACCUGCUUUCCUCGAGUUCCUCAAGCGACGCCAAGUGUGCAGCCCCGACCGCGUCACGCUCUACGGGCUGAUGGUGAAGCCCAUCCAGAGGUUCCCGCAGUUCAUCCUCCUGCUGCAGGACAUGCUGAAGAACACGCCCAGGGGCCACCCGGACAGGCUGCCGCUGCAGCUGGCCCUCACGGAGCUGGAGACGCUGGCCGAGAAGCUCAAUGAACAGAAGCGGCUGGCUGACCAGGUGGCGGAGAUCCAGCAGCUGACCAAGAGUGUCAGCGACCGCAGCAGCCUCAACAAGCUUCUGACCUCGGGCCAGCGGCAGCUGCUCCUGUGUGAGACGCUGACGGAGACCGUGUAUGGUGACCGCGGGCAGCUGAUCAAGUCCAAGGAGCGCAGGGUCUUCCUGCUCAACGACAUGCUGGUCUGUGCCAACAUCAACUUCAAGCCUGCCAACCACAGGGCCCAGCUGGAGAUCAGCAGCCUGGCGCCCCUGGGGCCCAAGUACGUGGUGAAGUGGAACACGGCCCUGCCGCAGGUGCAGGUGGCGGAGGUGGGCCAGGAGGGCGGCCCCUACGACAAGGACAACGCGCUCAUCCAGCACGCCGGUGCCAAGAAGGCCUCGGCCGCGGGCCAGGCCCAGAAUAAGGUGUACCUCGGGCCCCCGCGCCUCUUCCAGGAGCUUCAGGACCUGCAGAAGGACCUGGCCGUGGUGGAGCAGAUCACCCUCCUCGUCAGCACGCUGCACGGCACCUACCAGAACCUCAACAUGACGGUGGCUCAGGACUGGUGCCUGGCCCUGCAGCGUCUCCUGCGGGUGAAGGAGGAGGAGAUCCACUCAGCCAACAAGUGCCGCCUGCGGCUCCUGCUUCCUGGGAAGCCCGACAAGUCCGGCCGCCCCAUCAGCUUCAUGGUGGUCUUCAUCACCCCCAACCCCCUGAGCAAGAUCUCCUGGGUCAACAGGUUGCACUUGGCCAAGAUCGGACUCCGGGAGGAGAACCAGCCGGGCUGGCUGUGUCCGGAUGAGGACAAGCAAAGCAGAGCCCCGUUCUGGUGCCCGAUCCUGGCCUGCUGCGUUCCCGCCUUCUCCUUCAGGGGCCUCAGCCUGCAGCUCGGGGCCCUGGUCCACAGUCCCGUCAGCUGUCCUCUGCUGGGCUUCUCAGCUGUCAGCACCUCCCUCCCACAGGGCUACCUCUGGGUUGGAGGCGGGCAGGAGGGGGCGGGGGGCCAGGUAGAGAUCUUCUCCCUGAACCGGCCCUCGCCCCGCACGGUCAAGUCCUUCCCACUGGCAGCCCCCGUGCUCUGCAUGGAGUACAUUCCAGAGCCAGAGGAGGGCGACGGCAGAGACAGAGACAAGGGCUGCCCCGCUGCUGACGCCUCGGCCGGGGUGCACCCCACCAUCUGCCUCGGGCUGCAGGACGGCAGCGUCCUGCUUUACAGCAGCGUGGAUACGGGCACCCAGUGCCUGGCGGCCUGCCGGAGCCCAGGCCUGCAGCCCGUGCUCUGCCUGCGACACAGCCCCUUCCACCUGUUGGCCGGCCUGCAGGAUGGCACCCUCGCCGCGUACCCUCGGACCAGCGGAAGCGUCCCCUGGGACCUGGAGAGCCCGCCCAUGUGCCUGCCUGUGGGGCCGGGGCCCGUCCGCGCCCUGCUGAGCCUGGAGGAGGCCGUGUGGGCCAGCUGUGGGCCCCGGGUCACCGUCCUGGACGCCACCAGCUUGCAGACUCAGCAAAGCUUCGAGGCGCACCAGGAUGAAGCCGUGAGCGUGACGCACAUGGUGAAGGCGGGCAGCGGCGUCUGGAUGGCCUUCUCCUCCGGCUCCUCCAUCCGCCUCUUCCACACUGAGACUCUGGAGCAUCUGCAGGAGAUCAACAUCGCCACCAGGACCACCUUCCUGCUCCCAGGCCAGAAGCACCUGUGCGUCACCAGCCUCCUGAUCUGCCAGGGUCUGCUCUGGGUGGGCACCGACCAGGGCGUCAUCGUGCUGCUGCCCGUGCCUCGGCUGGAAGGCAUCCCUAAGAUCACAGGGAAAGGCAUGGUGUCGCUCAACGGGCACUGUGGACCUGUGGCCUUCCUGGCCGUGGCCACCAGCAUCUUGGCCCCCGAUAUCCUGCGGAGUGACCAGGAGGAGGCCGAGGGGCAGCAGGCCGAGGAGGACAAGCCGGACGGGCCGGCUCCCGAGCCCGCACCCGUGCCCGCGAGCCACGUGGGCGGGGAGCUGAUCCGCAAGAAGGGCAUCCUCCUGCAGUACCGCCUGCGCUCCACCUCCCACCUCCCGGGCCCGCUGCUGUCCGUGCGGGAGCCGGAGCCUGCAGACGGCUCGGCCCUGGAGCACAGUGAGGAGGACGGCUCCAUCUACGAGAUGGUGGAUGACCCCGACGUCUGGGUGCGCAACCGGCCCUGUGCCCGUGACGCCCACCGCAAGGAGAUCUGCUCCGUGGCCAUCAUCUCUGGAGGGCGCGGCUACCGCAACUUCGGCAGCGCCGCUGGCAGCCCCGGGAAGCCGGCCCCGUGCGGGGAGACGGACAGCACCCUCCUCAUCUGGCAGGCGCCCCUGAUGCUGUAGCCCCGCCCAGGCCUCGCCGUAGCCCCGCCCAGGUCACACCGUAGCCCCGCCCGUGCCACGUGGCGGCGGGCCUGUCUGCAGCCCGCUAGACUCUCGGCCUGCAGUGGGCCCUUCCCGGGGUCCAGGGUCCCCAGGAGCACUGAGUGGCCUCGCCCUUAAGGGGCCUGCACGGGGCCACAACAGCCUGGAACUCCGCCAUGUACCUGAGCGGAGCAGAGGGAAACCUCUUGCUUUUUAAGAAAAAAACAAUUUCAGUGUUCAGGGGAGUGGUUUGGGUUUGGGGAGAUGGAGGACACCUCCGGAGGAGAUGACCUUCUUUUUAAAAGCAAAAAAACAAAACAAAACAAAACCUCACAACUGCCCGGCAAGCCCAGCGCCUCUUGUCUGGGCCCAAGCGGGGCUCAAGGGCGGCCACACGACCCUCGUGGAGGGGUGCGUGCGUGUGAGUGAAUGAGAGCGUGUGGGCUGGUGUGUGAAUAUAUAUAAAUACGUAUAUAUGAUGUAUAUUAUAUGUGUAUAAAUGAAGUUUGUACAUAUUGGAGCUCUGGGAGAUGCUGGAAUAAAAGGCAAGAAUAACGUCA